GCCAAAAACAAGCGAAGCAGACCGCCAAAAUCUCUUUCUCCUCAUCUAUUUGUCCAUUUUUCUUCCCAAACCCCAGCUUUCCUAGCUUCCAAACGCCUAGCAAAGGUGAGAGAACCAAAAGAUAAUGAGGGGUGGAACAGUUCAGAUCAAUUGGCACGACACAAAGCCAAUCCUAACCCUAGAUUUUCAUCCCCUUUCUGGAACUCUCGCCACCGGCGGUGCUGAUUACGACAUCAAGCUAUGGCUGAUAAAUUCAGGGGAAGUGCAAAAGGAAGUUCCAACUGUUUCCUACCAAACUAGCCUUUCUUACCAUGGUUCUGCAGUAAAUAUUCUUCGCUUCUCUCCAACUGGAGAACAACUUGCCUCUGGUGCUGAUGGAGGUGAGCUGAUCAUCUGGAAGUUACACGCUACAGAUACUGGUCCAAGUUGGAAAGUCCUCAAGACAUUGUCAUUUCACCGCAAGGAUGUCCUGGACCUGCAGUGGUCUACCGAUGGUGCAUUUCUCAUUUCUGGAUCUGUUGAUAAUUCUUGCAUAAUAUGGGAUGUUAAUAAAGGUUCUGUUCAUCAGAUUUUGGAUGCCCAUCUGCAUUAUGUUCAGGGUGUGGCAUGGGAUCCACAGUCCAAGUAUGUUGCAUCUCUUAGUUCAGAUAGAUCCUGCAGGAUUUAUGUCAAUAAGCCUCAAAAUAAAACCAAAGGGAUAGAAAAAAUGAACUAUGUUUGUCAGCAUGUCAUCACAAAAUCAGAACAGCAAAUGACAGAUGAUUCCAAGGUGCAGUCUGUAAAAAGUCAUCUAUUUCAUGAUGAGACAUUGCCGUCUUUCUUCCGAAGAUUAAAGUGGUCACCUGAUGGAUCAUUUUUGCUUGUACCUGCAGGAUCUUACAAAUUCUCACCUGCAUCAGGACCAGUAAACACUGCUUAUGUGUUUUCUAGAAAAGAUCUUUCAAGACCUGCUUUACAGCUCCCUGGUUCUAGCAAACCUGUCAUAGCUGUCCGCUUCUGCCCUAUGGCUUUUCGCCUUCGGGGAUCAAACUCAGCUGGGUUCUUCAAGCUUCCUUAUCGCCUAAUAUUUGCGGUGGCCAGUCUUAACUCUUUAUAUAUCUACGACACAGAAAGCAUUCCACCAAUAGCAAUCUUGGCUGGUCUUCACUAUGCAGCCAUAACGGACAUUGCAUGGUCGCAUGAUGGCAAAUAUUUAGCUAUAUCCUCCCAAGACGGUUACAGUACCCUUGUAGAAUUUGAAAAUGGUGAACUUGGGUCCCCUUUCCUUUUAUCAGAAGUCGAGAGUGUCUCGGGUGAUGAGAAGAAGAGCCCUGUCCAGCAGCCCAAGGCCAUGGAGGUUGAAGAAACUACACAAGUUGUUACUGUUUCAGCAGAUAGCAGAAAAAGAGAAGUAGGAAGGAAUGAUCUGAAAGAGGCAUCGCCAAAUGCAACAAGUAGUUCCACUUCUACCCCCAAGCCAGCAAAGAGGAGAAUCACUCCGGUGUCAAUCGAGCCAUCAUAAUUCUCAUCCUACCCUCUGUAAACUGUGCAUUAGGAAAUGGAAUCAACGUUGGGAAGGCUCCGGCACUUGAAUUGAAAAACAAAUCCCCUACUAUCGGGGGGAAUAUAGAGCAAGUUUUGAUGUUGUAUGGGCUCGUUGCCAUUUUGACGCACCACACAAAUCUUAGCUCAAGAACUCGAAUGUAUUGGUAUAUUUGUUCAAAAAUUAACAUGAAAGAAAAGUUUAAUACAAAAAAUUCUGCUGGCGUGAUGAUUAUGCUA